CCUCGACAGUCGCGCGCCUGAGUCACCGGGCCGCUCGGGCGGGGCCGGCGCGCGGGCACGUGGCGGCGCUCCCCGCCCGCCGCCUCCCGACCUCUGCCCCGCCGCACCCCCGACCCCGGGCGGGAAAAAGUCUCGGGAGGGCGCGGCCGGGCGUGGGGGGAGGGGCGGGGGCGCGCCCCGGAGGACACCCCCCUCCCCGCCGGGGCCGCCCGCCCUCCCGCCAUUCAUCUCGUGCACUCCCGAUUAACAUCAUUCACUGGCCGGCGGGGGCCGCGCCCCGAAGCGCCCGAGGUCGGCCGGGAGAGGGGCUCCCCGUCUGCCAGUCUCCACGCAGGGCGACAAGUGCUGUCCCAGCGCUAUCACUGGGGAGCCGAGCCAACGCUGGGGGCCCGUCUAAAUUCGUCUCCCCGCCCCUCCCCCACCCCCUGCCGGGCCCAGAGCGGAGAGGGUGGGGUGGGGCCCAGAGCGGCCGCGAUGAGGACCCUCAGAGGUGAGACCCUCUCGCCUGCCGAAUGUUCAGAGCCCCGAGCGUGCCCGGACCCGAGGGGCAGAGGCGCCGGGGCUGCCCAGUGAGCCGAGCCGCGUGUGGGGACGUCCGUCCUGCAGCCCCCCCUCCAGGCCCCCUCCCCAGCCCUGCGCGGCUCAGGUUACGCCUGGCCUUUGCUAAAGGGCACUGGUUCCUCUUUAACCUUUGCAAAAUGGGAAUGUAGUCCUGGGGAGGAGAGAGACCCCCCACCUGACGCCGCUCCCCGGAGCUGGAGUUAGGAGUAGGGGCUUGUAUUGGGGGGUACGGAGGAGGGGGGUUAGUCAUCGACCUUUGGGAAGGGAGCAGGUGCCCAGGGCCAAAGGCUUCUGCUUUAGGCUGUAGUGGGCACUUGGCCGGCACCCCACUGCGGAGGGGGGGGACGGCGAGGGAGAGAGGGGCGGGGCUGGCCGGGGCACAGGGUGCCUGGGGAUAAAUGCCCAGCCCGAGAGGGGGUGAGCUGACACCGUCCCAGCUGCCAUCCAGACUCGGAGCGCACCCCAGACCCCCAGCCGAGACGUCUCAGCCAUGGCCAUGCAGAAGAUCUUUGCCCGGGAAAUCCUGGACUCCAGGGGCAACCCCACAGUAGAGGUGGACCUGCACACGGCCAAGGGCCGAUUCCGAGCAGCUGUGCCCAGCGGAGCGUCCACGGGCAUCUAUGAAGCCCUGGAACUGAGAGAUGGAGACAAGUCCCGCUACCUGGGGAAAGGGGUCCUGAAGGCUGUGGAACACAUCAACAAGACCCUAGGCCCCGCUCUGCUGGAAAAGAAACUAAGCGUUGUGGAUCAAGAAAAAGUUGACAAAUUUAUGAUCGAGCUGGAUGGGACGGAGAAUAAGUCCAAGUUUGGGGCCAAUGCCAUCCUGGGCAUAUCCCUGGCCGUGUGCAAGGCCGGCGCGGCAGAGAAGGGGGUCCCGCUCUACCGGCACAUCGCAGACCUCGCCGGGAACCCGGACUUGGUCCUCCCCGUGCCCGCCUUCAAUGUGAUCAACGGGGGCUCCCACGCCGGAAACAAGCUGGCCAUGCAGGAGUUCAUGAUCCUGCCCGUGGGAGCCAGCUCCUUCAAGGAGGCCAUGCGCAUCGGCGCCGAGGUCUACCACCACCUCAAGGGCGUCAUCAAGGCCAAGUAUGGGAAGGAUGCCACCAACGUGGGCGACGAAGGCGGCUUCGCACCCAACAUCCUAGAGAACAAUGAGGCCCUGGAGCUGCUGAAGACGGCCAUCCAGGCAGCUGGCUACCCAGACAAGGUGGUGAUCGGCAUGGACGUGGCAGCGUCUGAGUUCUAUCGUAACGGGAAGUACGAUCUCGACUUCAAGUCCCCCGAUGACCCCGCACGGCACAUCACCGGGGAGAAGCUGGGGGAGCUGUACAAGAAUUUCAUCAAGAACUAUCCCGUGGUCUCCAUCGAGGACCCCUUUGACCAGGAUGACUGGGCCACCUGGACCUCAUUCCUCUCGGGGGUUAACAUCCAGAUCGUGGGCGACGACCUCACAGUCACCAACCCCAAGAGGAUUGCCCAGGCCGUCGAGAAGAAAGCCUGCAACUGCCUGCUGCUGAAGGUCAACCAGAUCGGCUCCGUGACCGAGUCCAUCCAGGCCUGCAAACUGGCCCAGUCUAACGGCUGGGGGGUGAUGGUGAGCCACCGCUCCGGGGAGACCGAGGACACCUUCAUCGCUGACCUCGUGGUGGGGCUCUGCACGGGACAGAUCAAGACCGGUGCCCCCUGCCGCUCGGAGCGCCUGGCCAAGUACAACCAGCUCAUGAGGAUCGAGGAGGCUCUUGGGGACAAGGCUGUCUUUGCCGGACGUAAGUUCCGUAACCCGAAGGCCAAGUGAGCAGCUGGAGGCCCUGAGACACCAUGAGACCCCACGGGACAGACCUAGGCCUGCAAGCCGCUCCCUGGGAAAUAAACACUGGUGCCAACCUA